CACCGGAGCGCGCGCUAGUGGUGCAGCAGCAGUUGAGCUUCGUGCGAGGGCAGCGCGAGCCGCGCAGGUCUCGUGUUUUCCACCACGGAUAGUAAUUAGAGAGCUGGUGCGACCCCUUCACAAAGCUGCCGCUCUGUUGCGACUAUUUAUUUCCCUGCCGCUUGUCCACACACUGCGCGUUGAACGUCUCCCGUCAGUGCGUAAUUUGGCGCAACUGGACGCGCAACUCUACAAGGAAUCUCCCUCCUCCUCCCAACUCUGUCUGUGGGUCUGUGCUCGUUGAAAGGCUGGUUCUCCCGCCCAGGUGUGACAUUCUCGGCGUGCCUCACUGGAACCACAGCCGAAAAGAUGACGGACCCAUCCCCGCCAGACUCCGCCGCCGUCCCGGAACCGGCUUCUGGUGUGGAGCCCAAGGCGGUGAACCGCCAGUGCGAGCAGACGGACUCCCCGCAGCAGCAGGAGAACAACACAGAAAGUCAGGGAGAGGUUUUCAAGAUGGAUCAGGAGAUGAAGAUAACAGAGAGCAUAGAGGAUCGGGGUCUUCUGGAGAGCAGCAUGCGCCUGAAGCCUCAUGAAGCACAGAGUUACCGAAAGAAAGCUCUCUGGGUGUCCUGGGCGUCAAUCGUGGCCACCAUCAUCCUGGCUAUCGCCGCUUUCACUGUGUCCAUCAUGCGCCACAGUGCUUCUGCUUUUGGAUUCGCUUUUGACGCCACGCUGGACGUGCUGUCCUCCGUCAUUGUGCUGUGGCGCUACAGCAACGCAGCCGCUGUCCACUCGGCGCACCGUGAAUACAUAGCUUGCGUGAUCCUGGGUGUGAUCUUCAUCCUGUCCUCCCUUUGCAUCAUGGGAAAAGCCAUCCAUGACCUGGCCACCAAGCUGCUGCCAGAAGUGGACGGCUUCCUGUUCAGCGUGUCCAUCGUCAGCGGCCUGGUGUGCGUCGUCCUGGCCGUGAUCAAGUUUAUGCUCGGCAAAGUGCUGACCAGCCAAGCGCUCAUCACCGACGGAUUUAACUCUCUGGUUGGAGGCAUCAUGGGGUUCUCCAUCCUCAUCAGUGCUGAAGUGUUCAAACAUGAGCCCAAGGUGUGGUACCUGGAUGGAACAGUAGGGGUCCUCAUGGGCCUCAUCAUCCUCAUCUACGGAGUCAAGCUGCUGCGGGACAUGAUCCCCCGGGUCAGGCAGACCAGGAACUACGAGCGCUUUGAGUGACGGGUCACAGAGGACACACAGGGACGGAGGGGGGGACAGGAGAGACACUCUGUCCACAGAAACUCACUCAUUCUUGGAGCUGAAGACGUCUCUGUCUGCUCACGACUGGACUUGCAGGGACAGCGAUGGUGGAUGAAACCUUUGGGAACUUUUCUGUGUUUCCAGUUCAGUGUACAUACAGCAUAUCUCACCCUGUGGUCACAGUGGGUGGGCGCUCUGGUUCUUCACGCCUCCAUUCGUGUCCAGAGGUUCAGCGUAGCUCAGCUGUAACAGCAGCACACGGUUCCUGGAGGCCGGCGCUCAGCUGGGCUGUAAAACGCUGCAGCUGAUUGAUGGAGCAGCUCUCUAUUACCACAGUUUGACUUUUUUACAGAGAGUGGAUGUGUCAGUGCAAAGCUCCAUUAGGCAAAGAAGCAGGUAUGAUGUCACGGUGGGUCAUCUCCAGCUCUCAGCCCGGUCCAAGAUGUGUUUUCUUUAUUCUGACGACCAAAAAAGAGCAACAUUCUAUGUCAAACAUUUUUAUUUUUUGUAGAAUCCAGAAAUUUCAACUGAAAUCUUGAGUGCAAAGAUUCAAAAUUUCAGGGUCAAAAUUAUUAUCCUCCCUAUGAAACGUAAAGCUUUUGUCAAAUAUUUCUCAACAGAUCAAUAAUUUAUAGAUCCUAGUUUUUAUUUAAUCCAAAAGCUGCCAGUCUCAAAAUCUACUUAGUUUUACUGUGAUUGAUUGAUUGAUUGAUUGAUUGAUUGAUUGAUUAGAAGCUGAGCAUUACCAAGUAGAAGAAUAUACUUUCACUACUGUGGUUGGUGCUUAUGUUUUUAGUGUUUGUGAAGGAAUUUGGUUUCUGUGUGCAAAGCAAACUAAUAUAAGCAUCCAAAACAAAAACUGAGUGUUUGGGAAAAAAUGGAUUGAAGAAUGAUUGAUUUAACAUUUAAGAAAUAUUUGACAAACUUCAAAAUUAGGCAAAGGGGUUGGGUAAUAAUUUUGACUACAACUUUAUUUAUGUGAGACAGCCGUCAAAUGGAAAUAAGUCAAACUAAUAUUUUCUGUUAUCAUUUUAAUUUGGUUGUAAAGUAACUGAACAGGGUCAGUAAUUGCACCAUCUACUGUCCAAAAGAAGUUACUGCAAGAUCUACAACAAAUCCGUUUAAACCUGUUUUGUUUUAGUUAUUUCAGCUGCUAACUUUUUGUAUUUAUUAGUCUGAAACAAACCCAUCAACUGUAAAGCCUGGAUAAAGAUAAAGUUAAAUAGUUUCCUCCCAGGUUGUGGUUUGAUUAAGUUAUUCUGGACACCAACGCAAUCAUUUAUCGAGUCAACAUGUGAGCUGUUUGCUUUUGCAAAGCUCCUAGUUUAAUCUUGACACGUUGAGAAAUGAUACAGUAGUUAAACUUCCGUCAUCCAGGCUUUUUUAACUGUGUGAUCGUAUUUAAAUCUAAAGCCUUAAUUUAGCAGAUUGUUGAAAUGUAAAUAUUAGUAGACGGUGAGAUUUGAUUUGUUGGAUGUGAAGAUCGGGUUACAGCAGGAUAUUGUUCUUUUUUUAUGAGCUUUCCUCAUGGCUGUACAUGAAUGUAAACACUUUGCUUUGAUGCUAACUUGAUUUAAAGACGAAUCCGUCUUUUAUUGCAGUGUAGUCUCAAACUGGAAACUAGUUUAUGCUGCAGCAUUAAAACAUGGGUAGAAAAAUUAAAGUUUACAAGUUUAGCUUGGUGCAUCGUAAACGUUAUUCAGUAUGUUUCUGUGUAAAAUUCCUGUGAUGUUUAAGAAAUGCAGGAAUUUCUUAAACAUUUGUCACUGGAAGCCGUUUGUCACUGGAAGAAGAUAUAUUUAAAAAUAAAGCUGUUUACUUCUGACUCAGAAAAAGCAAACUAAAUGUCUGUGUUCGUCCGGUGGACCGGAACACGCAGUGGCGACGGGUUUCCUGUAGGCCGGGACCAACACGUCUUCACUUUCAGGUGACUACACGCUUGACACACAGAUUUUCAACUCUAAGUCUACAUGUUUACAGAGUAGCAUAUGGCCUCUGGUUCCCCUUGUGGCCAUUUGAAGCGAAAGUUAAAUGUGCAUUUCGAGUUAAAAAAUAGCAUACGAGUUUAUUUGGCUUUUGAUGGUUACGUUUACAAAUCUACCUGUGGAAAAUCGAUGGAAUGGGUGCUUUUAAUUCAGAAAUCUUCUCAUUUUGUCUGAAACUUGUUUGUAUCGAACCAGCAAUUAGAAAACGUUGCUUUCGCUGAAGGCCGAGUGUCUGUAAAGAUCACAGUUGAAGUUUCACCUGCCGGUGGAGUAAUUACGUUAUUUUGCCAGCCAUCGCUAGAGGGCGCUCCCUACUAAAGCAGGGGUGGACAGCAGGCUGAGACUCGUUGGCUGCGUGCUUCCGUAGAGUUCAUGUCUGCCACACAGGUGAGUUUCCUGCCUCCGCUUGUAAUUGAUUAGGUGUUGUUUAUAUAUCUGGACACACGUAGGAAAUCCCGUUGACACAAGCUGCCGUUAAAAUCUAAAGAAGAAGAAAAACCCUGUCGGCGUGUUAACUUGUGGGCCGAGUGGUUCUUGUGACCAAACAGCUUCUGGCGUUACGUGAGCGUGGAAAGGAGUUAGCUUGAUUUGCGUAGUGCGCAGUUAUGAGCCUUAUUUUUUAUUUAAUUUGCCUUUAAUUUUUUUAAGGUCUUUAUUAGGUGUUGUUGGUGCUGCACCAAUUUGGAUUUAUCUGUGAGUUGGCUCCAAAUGGCGUGACUGUCGAAGUGAAGCCAUGCGAUUGCCAUCCAGCACCGGCUUGUAGACGGAAGAGAGCAGGCUGAUAAUGUUUUAUUUAUCUAUUACCCUUCCUAUCGGUGUAUUGAUAUUUUCUUCUUCAAAUCUGAGGACUUCUCUCGUUGGCGACGAGGGCCUGGAUGAUGGCAUUUUCACUUCGCGUGUGCAGUGCCCAAAACAAAGAUGGCGGACAACCCAUGAAUGAAUGAGCCUUCCGCCAGAUUAUGUCUUUGAGCUCUUACCUGUAAACAUCAGUAGCUGAAUUUGUUUUUGUAACCCCUCCCUCAACUACAUGUACUGACUUUAAUUUAAAUAAAUUAUUAGAAUUCAA